UGAUAUUAACAAAAAUUUCGAUCAUUUGAGAUUUUUCUUUUAUAUCAGUGAGUAGUACAUAAAUUCCGAUGAUGAAACUCACUUAUAGAUAUCAAACUGUCAAAGUAUGUGAAUGUAUAUUACAUGAUCGUCAUCAUGUAUAUAAGGCUUAAAUGUGUUGUUAUUAAUAUAAAGCUGCCACGUAUGGCAUGGGAUGGGAUUAUUCAGGAUUAUUAGCACUAGGAGAAUCACAUGCCGGUAAAUGCAACCAUUUCAUCCAAGUCUUAGAUUUGGCAUGCAUUUUUAAUUAUUUACCAGAAUCUGUUGUCUUCAGGUGAUUUUAGAAUAUAUAACUGAAAAUGUCGAAGGAAGAGGGUUUUUCAACAAAAGCUAUUCACUCUGGCCAAGAUCCACGGCAAUGGGAACAUGGUUCAGUAAUACCUCCUAUUGUAUUGUCUACUACCUUUCAACAAGAUGGGCCUACAGAAUCUAGAGGCUACGUUUAUAGUAGAAGUGGCAAUCCUUCGAGAAAUGUUUUAGAAACAUGUUUAGCUGCUCUAGAAAAUGGAAAGUAUGCACAUACUUUUUCAUCAGGUUUGGGAGCUACGACAAUAUUAACUGCGUUACUAAAAGCAGGGGAUCAUAUCGUUUCUGGAGAUGAUAUUUACGGAGGAACAAACCGUUUCUUUCAAAAAUGUUUAUCUACACACAAUAUUCUAACAUCAUUCGUAGACAUGUCAGAUGUAAAUAACAUUAUAAAUAGUAUAAAACCAAACACAAAGAUGGUUUGGCUAGAAACUCCAACUAAUCCUUUGCUCAAAGUGUUUGAUAUCGAUGCCAUUACUCAAGUAGUAAAGAAGAAAAAUCCUGAGAUUCUUGUAGUAGUUGACAAUACGUUCCUCACAUGUUAUUUCCAGAAACCAUUAGAUUUAGGUGCAGAUAUUGUAAUCUAUUCUAUGUCAAAGUACAUGAAUGGACAUUCAGAUGUUAUUAUGGGUGCAUCGAUUACAAAUAGAGAUGAUAUUGCAGAAAGAAUUAAAUUUUUACAGAACGCUAUGGGAGUUGUUCCAUCACCUAUGGAUUGUUAUCUGGUGAAUCGGAGUUUAAAAACUUUAGAACUUCGAAUGCAGCAACACAUGAAAAAUGGAUUAGCGGUUGCCAAGUUUUUAGAAGCUCAUCCAUGUGUAGAGAAAGCUAUUCAUCCAUAUCUUCCGUCGCAUCCACAGUAUGCAGUUGCUCUUAAACAAACAACGGGUCACAGUGGAAUGAUAUCGUUUUAUCUGAAAGGUGACUCAAAUAAAUUUUUAAAGGCAUUGAAGAUAUUUUCAUUGGCAGAAUCGCUUGGUGGCUAUGAGUCUCUCGCUGAAUUACCAUCUGUCAUGACUCAUGCUUCCGUUCCUGAAGAAGCAAGAGCAGAACUAGGCAUUACUGACCAGUUGAUACGACUGUCUGUUGGUCUUGAAGCAGAACAUGAUCUCAUAAAUGAUCUUGAUCAAGCUCUUAAAGCUAGUCAGUGA